GCAAGGGGCUGACCCGUACGCUGCUCAUCUUCUUUGACUUGGCUUGGCGGCUGCGCAUCAACUUUCCCUACCUCUACAUCGUAGCUUCCAUGAUGCUCAACGUGCGCCUGCAGGUUCAUAUUGAGAUCCACUGAAGGCCAUCCUUGACCGAUAGGCAUCACCCCGGACUCGCUGCACCAGAGGGCGCAAAGCAUGAGGGCUGGGAGAGGGACCCUGGGUGUUUGCCUGGCCAGUGUGAAGCAGUCACAAGGAGGUGACCUGGACAAACUAGCAUGUGGCCUUAAGAGAAGAAGUGAGAAGAGGAACCCUAGCCCCUCAGAUGUGCCUUCUUGGACAGACCAGCCUGUAGCAGACACCCAUGGAAAGUCACGGGCCAUGGCGGCAGCGUCCUCGGAAAUGAAGCGUGAUCAGAGCAAGGCCAGCCUCAUACUUCACAGCGGCUUCAAAGCGCUUCAGUAUCUGAAGGAGUCAAUGGGGAGAAAUUCAACUCCAGCAGCCUCCCUAAGCAUGGCUGUGGUUCUGUCCUCUGCUCCUUCAGAAGAACAUGGAGCUGGGGUGUCCGGUGGCAUCGGGGAUACACUAGGAAGUGACUGGCCAGCAAGAGAGCCCAGAACCACCGAUAGCUGUGGACAGUACCUCAAAGGAGAGGCCUGGGUGUCAGGAUGGCAAGGCCAUCCAAAAGUGAGGGAAGUGGGAUUCCUAAGAGGUGAACCCCUAAGUGCUGUCCCCAAGGGGCUAGGCACCAGAUCAGAACUGUCUUACUGCUCUGAGCUGUGCCAGCUGCCAUACACUUACCCCUAUUAUGAAGCUCUCCCAGAGGACAAGACGAGAUGUGUGUCCCUUGACCACUUAAGUCCCGUGUUUUCAGAGGAAACAGUAGAAGAUGAGAAAACUCUCUCAAGUACGUCAGAUGGUCUGCAGAUAGUCAUGGGGUUACUGGCUCUGCAAUCUUCCAGAUUAACAAGUCUCUGAUGCCAUAGUUCAGGUACAAGCAGAACAAUAAAAAUAGCAAAUUAAUUUUAAAGGGUGUCUUACAGUUUCUUUUGCAUUAAGUCCGGCGUUCGCUGCAGCUGUUCAGUUCCUGCUCUGAUUGCUGAGACCGACCAGACACACCUCGAUGGUUGAUGCAGAGGGACAUUUUCGAGCAUGGUUUCAGUCUUUCUGGAAAGACGCCCCAAACUGGGAAACCCUCUCCCCUGGGGAAAUGAUCGAUCUACCCCCGUAUAAGAUCAGACAGGAACGAACCAUUUAGCACCGAGUUCGAUAUUAUGGAGACCCAUUCUCAAGGGCUAGCAUCCUCAGCCUCCUGCCUCAGCUCACCUUGACCGUCUGACGGAAGUGCCGGUCUGUAGGCUGUGCCGUCCACUUCUUGUAAGCUGUACUUGGGUCAUGAAGAGUCUUGUCACUUCGGCAUUGCACAGACUCUGACCUGCAGCCAGAUGUCCCUUCUCACAUGCUCCUCAGCUCCUGCCUGAGUUGGAGUUUGUAAUGGAGAAGUUGCAAUAUUAAAUUUAGGAUAAUUUUAAAUUACAGAAGAGUUUGAGAUUUUUCUGCGGACAGAACAUAGAUCGCAAAUGAAGUAUUUUCCUUUACCCAGACCCAGGACUUGUGAUUUCUUUUACAUUAAGACCCCCCCCCCCCUCCGCCCAAGUAACUCUCCCUUUGUGGUUUGUUGAUAACUUUAAUAAAGGUCACUGAAUGAGUGGACAUUUUAAA